GGCUGCCACCGGUUCCGUCUACUUCCGGUGACUGCAAGGACUAGUGUCGCAGAUUCGACAGAAAUGUGUACGAGCUUAAAGUAAAAUAACGCUUUAAACCUUAACACGGUUAGUAGUUCGCGCCGUAUCCGUGCAUAUAAGUUAAUAAUUCAGUAUCACUUUGCUUGUUAGAUGCCGGAGGAAAUGAAUGGCGAAAAGGGAGCUGGUUCUGUGUUUAUGUGUCGGCUGUGCAACCUCUUCUCACCCAGUCGCCCUCAGCUGCUGGCCCAUUGCUCUGAGCUGCACCCCCAGCAGGAGCCUCCAGAUGACAUCAUCAUCCCGCUGCAACCCCUCCCUGCAGAUCCUGUGGAGAAGUUGCCAGAGACGCCACUAAAGAGAAAACGAGGACGACCAAAAGGCUCAACGAAGAAGAUACGUAAAGAUCUUACAGACGAUAAGGUCAUUUCCACCUGUUCUACGGAAGAUAAUAUUGAAACAGAAGAACAGAAGGAUAAGGAUGAAGUAGAUCAACAAUAUAGCUCAGUAGAAGGCGAAAGCCGUGAUGGGACAUCGGGGCUGCAAUGUAGAAACUGUCAUCGCUCAUUCAGCAACCGACGACAGAUCCUCAAACACAUCUGCCUGAGAGAAGAGGACGAAGAGGAGGAUGAAGAGCAGAAUGGAAGCCUCUGUGGUGGAGAAGAGGGCUCUGGAAAUGUGGAUCCUGCAGAAGCUGAUCCAGACCAGAUAAAGCAAAACACAGCAAGAGAAGGAGUUGUCAGAGCAAAAGAUGUGGGCAAACACAGAGCCCCGAGAAUGAACCGAAGUUGCAUCUCCAAAGAAGGAGGUCCAUUAGUGGCAAACAAAAAGACUGUCAUCAGUGUGGUUCUGACAGAAGAUGAAACACUUCCUGGUGUCACUAAAAUGGUUCCAGUAGAGGGGAGUUCAGCAGAAAUAGAGGCUGCAGCUGUACAAGCUCAACCACAGCAGGCUGCAGUCCCCCAGAGUGAAUCCCAAGACCCUGCAAGUCAAGCCACGUCCUGUGAGGUUAGCCCUAAAACAGACGAGCAUCCAAGCGGCUCUGAACCGACCUCCACAACAACAGCAACAGCAACGAGCCAACGAGGCUUCCAGGAAUGUUCUAUCAAGCAAAAUGCCCCCAAUUUACUCCAGAGCCAGUUGAAGAUCUUUGCCUGUGAGUUCUGUAAUAAGAUCUUUAAAUUCAGACACUCGCUGGUUGCCCACCUCAGGACGCACACCCAGGAAAAACCCUUUCAGUGUCCGCACUGUGACUACGCAUCAGCCAUCAAAGCCAACCUGAACGUUCACCUGAGGAAGCACACGGGAGAGAAGUUCAGCUGUCAGCACUGUGCUUUCAACUGCCUCAGCCGCGGACACCUCAAGGUUCACAUAGAGCGAGUCCAUCUGAAGGUGAAGCAGCACUGCAGCUUCUGUGAGAAGAGGUACUCUGACGUGAAGAACUUGCUAAAACACAUGGAGAAACAACACGACCUAAAAGACCCAGCUGUUCAACAGAGCUACCAGCAACUGAGAUUAAAGACUCGCCAGGGCCUCAGGCAGCUCCUGUAUCAUUGCCCCACCUGUAACAGACGCUUCAAGAACCAGCUGGAGCGCGAGCGCCACAUGCUGGUCCACGGGCCCCAGCGUCCCUUCGCCUGCCUUCUCUGUGACCACGCCGCCACCAAGAUGGCCGCCCUCGCCGCCCACGUCAGGAAGCACCUCUUCCUGUACGUGUGCUGCGCGUGUGACGAGAAGUUCGUCAGCUCGCAGAGGCUCAGGAGCCACCUGAAGGAGUCUCACGGCGAACUGGAUCAAGAGCAGGCCUUCGCCGACUGCGUCGACAGCAGCUACUGCCUGAUAGAGCCCGGCGGAGGAGGCCUGUGGGGGGGCGAGGCGAGCGGGGACGCAGAGCAGAGGCCAGUGCAGGAGGGGGAAGGUGGGGAAGAAGGGGGAGGCGAGCAGCCGAGUGAAGAGAGGCAGCAAGAGAACGUAGAAGAGCAAACCACGUCUCAGGAGGGAUGUACAGAAGGAUUGGAAAUCGAAGUUGUCAUGCGAGGUUCUCAGUACGGAGAUGAGACAACAUCUGUGGAGACAUCACACAGUAAGACAGUAGACUCAUGCACAUCUGCAGCUGAAGGGCUUGAAGAGGAGACGUCUUCAUCUCCAGAGAACAUUCACACCCCUCUGCUGGAGGACAAGACGCACACAGACGCAGAGGACGUAAAUGCAGCCAAACACACACUCGUGCCUUCAUCAUCUGGAAACGCAAACUGCUCGUCUGAUUUGUCUUCUGGUCCUCUGGUGGAUGAUAACCAAACUCCACAGUCAGAAAAGGUGUCAGAGGUUUUCCAUCCGAGUGCGUUCCAGCAGGUGUUUUCGUCUCUCAAGAAGACUCCGCUCAACAUGGAGACUUUCCAGCGACUCAGGAAAAUCUAUGGAGACCUGGAAUGUCAAUACUGCGGUAAGCUGUUCUGGUACAAAGUCCACUAUAAUGUCCAUGUACGCACACACACCAAGGAGCACUCGCACUACUGCUCAAAGUGUAGCUACUCUUCCAUCACCAAGAGCUCUUUGAAGCGGCACCAGAUCCAGAAACACAGCGGCCAGCUGCUGCGAUGCACGAAUCCCGGCUGUAAAUACGCCACGCCUGACAAAUACAAGCUUCAAGCCCAUCAGAUGUUGCACCAGGAACAGGGGAAGAGCGCCACCUGUCCUGUCUGCCAGCACAGCUACCAAGAGCACAGACUAAAACAUCACAUUCAAAAAGCCCACCCUGACACGCUGCCUCCACAUGGUAAAGGUCUGAUGGUGCAGCGUGCAGAGAAGUGCCCCUACUGUGAGUCCUACUUCCUGAAGAACAGCAGUGAUUUCCAGCAGCACAUCUGGGCCCACCAAGGUUUGAAGCCAUACGCCUGCAGUGUGUGUGACUACACAGGCCGCAGUAGGAGUAACCUGAAGACUCACAUGAACCGACACAACACGGAGAGACGUCACCUCUGCGAUCUGUGCGGCAAAAAGUUCAAAUCCAAAGUGACGCUGAAAAGCCACCGGCUGAGCCACACAGACGAGGGAAAGCGGUUUCAGUGCUCGGAGUGCGACUUCACCUCGGUCAAUAAACCUCACCUCAUCAGACACAUGGAGCAACAUGCUGACUUCAAGCCAUUUCGUUGUGCUCACUGCCACUAUUCCUGUAACAUCGCUGGAGCUCUGAAGCGACACUACAACGUGAAACAUCCCGAUGAGAAGUAUGAGAACGCUGGACCUGGACUGCCAAACCCUGAUACUCUGCUAGAGCAAGGUGGUUUGAAGUGUCCUGAAUGUGACUUCGUUUACGGCACAAAGUGGGAGCUGAACCGUCACCUGAAGUGCAAACACAGUCUGAAAGUGGUGGAAGGCACCUGGGAGGUGGGGGAGGAAGUGGAGGCCCAGUAUGUGUCCGUGGAGGAUGAGGAGCAGCUUACAGAGGCACCUUUGGCAGUUCUGCAGGACAACGUUAACAUCCAGCAGAUCACUGAAUUCAGUUCAGAGACUCAGGACGCCGUCACCUCCAUGGUUGCCAUGGCUCCGGGCACUGUGACCGUAGUGCAACAGGUAGCUGAUGAGGAGGAGGUGGGAAACUGCGGCAACCAGCUGAUGGUGGUGAACGCUGAGGGGGCUCUUAAUAGCAACCAGGUGAUGGUGGUGGAGGAGGGACACGGCCUGGAGGCCCUGACUGUCCUCACUCAGGGAGAAAACGCGCACCACUACAUUGUCUACGUCCAGGAGCACACUGUAGAAAUCAACUAGCAACAUCAGCAUUUUGUCAUCAUGUACCAAUAAAUGAUUAAAUCAGGAUUGAUUGAAGGCUGUUGCGUCAGCAUCAGGACUUUCUUUCAUCUUAUUUUUCAAUAAAGUGCAAUACUACGA